AUGUCUUCAUUACUAAUUUGCUUCUUUUAUUUCCCCUUAAGACGUCUUUUUUUCUUUCUUUUUUCUUUCUUUCUUUUUUCUUUCUUUCUUUUUUCUUUCUUUCUUUCUUUUUUUCUUUCUUUUUACUUUCUUUUUUCUUUCUUUCUUUCUUUUUUCUUUCUUUUUCUUUUUUUUUUCUUUUUUUUUUCUUUCUUUCUUUUUUCUUUCUUUCUUUUCUUCUUUCUUUCUUUUUUUUUUUUCUUUUCUUUUUUUUCUUUCUUUUUUUUUCUUUUUUUUUCUUUCUUUUUCUUUCUUUCUUUUCUUUCUUUCUUUCUUUCUUUCUUUCUUUCUUUAUUUCUUUCUUUGUUCGUUCCUACAGCAGUUAUAGAGAUUCACUUCACUGAUGUUCUUUCUUUCUUUCUUUCUUUCUUUCUUUCUUUCUUAGCUCCCUUCCUUCCUGCUUUCUUUGUGUUUUUUUCAUUCAUUCUUAUCGUCAUACUUUUCUUUCCAUUGAUUUUCUAUAAUUUUCCUCUAUCUUUCUUCUUUUAUUUCGGACACGGUACAUUUUCUUUUUUCUUUUCUUCUACUUUCUUUCUUUCUUUCUUUCUUUCUUUCUUUCUUUUCUUAUUUAUUUCGUUCCUCUACUUUUGUCCCCACUUCUACUUAAUUCUCUCUUCGGGCGCUUUCCAUUUUUUGUCUGAAAUAUAUUUCUCUCCUCUCUCUACCACUUUCUAUUUCUCCUAUCUUUCUUUCUCUUUUUUCUUUCUUUCUUUCUUUCUUUCUUUCUUUCUUUCUUUCUUUCUUUCAUUCUUUCUUUGCAGUUGUGUAUCUUUUUUUUAG